AUGGAGAACCUUCUACGAGGAUCGUCUAGCUUCAGUGAAGCUGCUAUGCUUUUUACGGAUGAAAAAAUUGCAAACGCAAGAAGCAAGAUUGUAGAGGCUCUGAACGAAACGCACACAGCAACGGCAUCCCAGAAAUGCGAAAACAUUGCCAAAAUACAGGAACUCCUCUUGCACACAGAUGUCGAAUUGUUGAACGAAUUUCUGGAAGACGUGCUGGCUUUAUCUCACGAUCCGAAUCUGGAUGUGCGAAAGGCUAUUGCGGGAUUCAUAGAGGAGGUUUGCAAACAACACAUCGAACUGCUACCGAAAGUGAUCGGGACACUCUUCUCACUACUACGCGAUAUGGCCGCAAAUGUCACUAAGCGAGUCAUUCAAGGGUGCGGAUCGAUCUAUCGUUUAGCGAUACAGUGGAUCUGCCAGCUGGACGACAUACCGGAAGAGGUAGAGCAAGCCUGGAACACGCUUUGCCUGAUGAAGAUCUCGAUUUUGGACAAGAUCGAUGACGAUAAUGACGGCAUACGAACGAAUGCUAUCAAAUUCCUGGAAGGUGUCGUGAUUCUGCAGACGUACCCGGACGAGGACAGUCUUAAGCGCGAAAACGAUUUCUCGCUCGAAGACGUGCCUCUGACAAUGAAGCAGAUCCGCCGGCGCAAGCUAGAAGACGAGGCAACCAACAUUUUCGAGCUUCUGCUGCAGUUCCACGGUGCAUCUCACAUUUCGUCCGUAAAUCUGAUUGCCUGCACAGGAACACUGUGCACCAUCGCCAAGCUGCGUCCAUCCACUAUGACGCGGGUGGUAGAGGCGCUUAAAAACCUGCACUCAAAUUUACCUCCGACGCUGACGAACUCGCAGGUCAGCUCGGUACGUAAGAAUCUGAAAAUGCAGUUCUUGAAUCUGUUGAAACAUCCCGCCACCUACGAACAUCAAGCCACGAUCGCGCAAAUCCUGCUCGAUCUAGGUGCUUCGAACGGUGAGAUUACGCGUGCCAUCCCGAAGAUGGACAAAAAGGAACAGCAAAGGCGAGCAAAGCGCGCCCUGGAGAACUCGAUGGCCUCACAGCUUGCGGCAAAGCGCGCCAAACUGGACGAGCAUAUGAGACGGGAGAAGGACGAGCACACGAGUGAGAACCGUGAUCCACCGCGAACGAUGGAAAUCGAUUAUGAUGAGCUGAACGAACAGAAGAAUCGCUCCAACAAGCAGAACGAGCAGUUUCUGUCGGAAGUCCUGCCCAAGACGGACGUCGUGAUGCAACUAGUGCUGUCCAACAUGGACAAGCUGUCGGAGCAAAUGCUGCACAGUGCGAAACCUAGCGUGGUGCUAACGGUGGAGCAGUACAUACAGAAUAUUACUCACAUCUUGGCUGCUCAGAUGAGCGACGUUAAGGUCGGUCCUGGGGCGAGUUGCUUCACGAAAGAUCCUCCGAUGAAGGUGCGCAUUAGCGAUGAGGAAGAGAAGAACAUCAUACUGUCGGGCAAACGGUCGACCGACACGUUCGUCGAUCGCUCAUCGACUCCGACCACCGCCGGUCAUGCAGAUGAUGAUCUACCGGAAGCUGGAGUCGAGGAUGAGGAAGAUGAGGAAGGGCUUACGGAGGAGGAACGCCAAAAGCUGGAGGCAACUCGGAAGCUGCGGGAAACGCUGGAGCGUGUAAAAGGUGGCACGGCGGUUGGUGGCGAACCGAAGCCGAGACAGCGAAUUAAAAUGCCAAAACUGCAGGAAAUCACAAAACCCCUACCAAAGGCCACCAAGGAAGCGUUCCUAACGGAUGCCGUGGAGCGGAUUUUGAAGGCAGAAAAGCAGGCUCUCAUCGGCGGGGUUAGCACGCAGCGAAAUCGCAUCAUAACGGCUUUCGGAUCGUCUUUCAUUAAUCCCGUCCGCGACGUUAUCUUGGAGCACAUACUGGAGGAUCUUCCGAAGCGGAUCGAGCUGGCAUUUUCGUGGAUUUUCGAGGAAUACGCUCUCAUGCAGGGCUUCACGCGCUACACACACGUUAAGCACGACAACGGUCCACAGUACCCGUACACUCAGCUGCUCGUGCGCCUAGUAACGAAUGUGAUGGAACGGCCGAAGGAUACGUUCCGGCAGAAGGAAUCGCUGCUGAAGCGGUUGUAUUUGGAAGCGCCUCUGCUCCCGCAGGAUUUGAUCGAUCUGCUAGUGCGUAUGUGCGAGCUGGAAGAGUUGUCCGAUUGUGGCAUGCAAAUUGCGAAGGAUCUACUCAUCCGCCGGCCGCCUAAGGAGCGCCAGUACCUGGACAUACUGCUCAAGUACUCGUACUACGAAAAUGCCACCGUCCGCGAGAAAGCCAUCGAGUACGUGAUGAACGUGUUCGCGGUUCAUCGUAUCAUGACGGAGGAUAUCGAGAAAAAUGCGCUGAUUUGGUUGGGAUAUCUCGAGAACGAAAAUCCAUCGGAGCCGAUGUUCGCCGCUGAGUACGGACGAUCGGAGCUUCCGCGCACGUGGACAGAAGAACUCGCCAAGGUGUGUCUCGGUCUGUUCCUCGAGGUUAUGGUGUACGAUCAGACGCUGCUCAUGCGCUUCUCGGAGGUGUACAUUAAGGCCACGUCAGAAAUGAAGCGAGCCGUGAUACGAGCGAUCGAGGGUCCAAUCCGGAAAAUUGGCUCCGAGAGCGAGGAACUGCUGCGGCUGAUCGAGCAGUGUCCGAAGGGAUCGGAAACGAUCAUCAUUCGCAUCAUCUACAUUCUUACGGAGAAAUCCAUUCCCUCACCGGACCUCGUAGAACGCGUACGCACGCUCCAUCAAACGAAAGUGUCGGACGUGCGGUUACUGAUACCGGUAAUAAAUGGGCUGACGAAGAAGGAAAUCCUAGUGGCACUGCCAAAACUGAUCAAACUCAACCCGGGCGUGGUGAAGGAAGUGUUCAAUCGAUUGCUGGGAAUCGGUGCCGAGUACGGUAGCGCUGAACUGCCACUCUCGCCAGUCGAGCUGCUCGUUGCGCUGCACACGGUCGAGAUGAGCAAGGUGGAGCUGAAGUUCAUCGUUAAAGCUACCUCCCUGUGCCUGGCCGAGAAGGAGGUGUACACGCACGACGUGCUCGGCAACGUAAUGCAACAGCUACUCGAAAUCGUACCCCUGCCAACGUUACUCAUGCGCACCGUCAUACAGUCGCUUACACUCCACCCUCGGUUGGCCGGGUUCGUGACAAACCUGCUGCAGCGGCUCAUUCAGAAGCAGGCCUGGAAGCAGAAGGUGGUAUGGGAUGGUUUUCUGAAAUGCGCCCAGCGUCUAACGCCUCAAAGCCUGGGCGUACUGAUACAGCUACCAGCGCCACAGCUGCAGGAUGCGAUCACAAUCUGUCCCGAAUUCCGCGAACCGAUGUUGGAGCAUGCCCGGGAAAUCAUGGAGCAUCAGAUCGGGCACGUGUCGCAGCAGGUCAUGGACGUGCUGCUCGGUAUAUCGCCAUAUUCGACAGCAGAAACAACCGAGCUCCAAAUUGUUGGCAACUACAGCGAAGAUGCGCCAAUGUCCUCGCACGUACCGGUCAAAAUAAAACAGGAAAAGGAUCUCGAAGUUCCGGCAACACCAGCCCCGUCGUCGCAGGGAAAGGAGUAGCAGAAAGGAACGAGAACCAAAGCUAGCAACAAUCGAUUGUAUCUGAUGUUGAAAGCUCCG